GAAAAUUCCCUUUCUGUAUUAUUUGACCGAGUUCGUGAAACAUUCUUUAGUGAAAAAAAGUAAAAGAAAAAUCCAUUUCGGGGAUAAUAAGGGUGCAUCAUCAUCGAUGUCUAUCAAGGCUCCUGGAAUUCCAAGAGUCCCAGUGUCAGAUGAGAACGAUCAAAGCCAUCGAGAAAUGGGUUCUAACGUUCAGACCACAAAGAAAUUUAUCCCAAAGCAUUACAUGUCCCAAACCAUAUCUGCAGCUAGCAAGGUCGCUGUCCCGAGAAAGAAAAUCUUAGGCGAAAGGAAUGCAGCCCCGGAAUCGAUGUUCUCCGAUUCCCAUAUCCAAAAGACCCCCAUUUUUGAAUCAAAAAUCACUUUUGUGAAUCCCGGAACCGAUAUUUCCUAUGUAUCAUUGCCGCAGGGGUUUGAAUCCGAUGACAAUGGGGAGAAUGCUCUUGUUGCUGACGUUUCUUUGCGGCCCUAGGAUCCGCUAACUAAUUUUCUUUCUCCAAGACCUAAAUUUCUCCGGUACAUGCCGAAUAGGCGCCGUGAGAUUUUUCUUCGUCGAGUAAAAGAGAUCAAAGGAGGAAAAUAUGAGACGUAUAUUAGUACAACUGGUUCUUUUGAAUUUGGGAAAGCUAGUGAGGAGGAAUCUGACUCGGUUUGCGGUCGUGGCUCUUUGCCUUCAUCUCGCGAAGGAUCUUUACAGCAAGAAGACGAACAAUUUGUGGAAAUCGAGGAGGUAGAGGAGGCAAGAGGUAGGAGCUUGAAAAGGGUGCUGGAGUUUUUAGUUUGGUCUUUUCUUUUCGUUCUUUCUACCUUUUAUAUAUCUUCAAUGAAUUCUCCAGCAACUUCACCUAGUUUACAAUCUUUUGAGGGUCUUAAUAAAGGUGGGUACCUUAAGAUUUUAAACCAUACGUCGGAAGCUUUAUUGGCUAUGAGACUUGAAAGUGGAAGUGACAUUUGGGAUCAGGCAGAAGAAAUACAAUUGGAUUUGGGUCGUGGACACCAGAGAGAUAGGAUUGAGGAACAAAAAAUGGUUGAAGAUGUGAAAAUAGGAGUAGACAUUGCUGAGGAGGGAGCUCAAUGAAGUAAUAUAUCUAAAGGGUGCAAAAAGUAAAGCUUUAGAGGUAGUUGAAGAUAGAAAGAAGGGAACAGUACUUGAUGAGUUGCGUGAAAUGACAGAGCCACAAGCUGCAGAUAUUGACGAAGGUUGUGACCAUGAAAUGGUGAAGAUAAGGGGUUUUUCUGACAUGAUGAUUGAUAAUUCUGAGUUACAAAUAGGUAAAACUAUACAAAAGUUUGAGACUUUGCAGGAUUAUCAGGCACAAUCCACGUUUAAUGGAAAGGAUCGCCAAAUCAUAGAAUCCGAUAUUGCAAAUAUUCUUGAAGAAGAAAAUGAUUUUAUAGUGGAGCCAGCUGAAGAAGUUCACAGUGACAAGCUGGAGAUGAAGACAUGAUUGAAACAAAAAUGGACGGAAUGGAAAAUCUCACUAUCAUAGCCGGUGAAAUUAUCGGCUAAGAGAGAUGGGCAAUGGUGAUACAGACUUUGAGAUUCUCAAUCUUGAAGCAGAAGUAAAUUUGGAGGAUAGCCUAACGAAGUACUUGGAAAUCGAAUUGUUGUUACUGAAAGCGAUUAUUGGGGCUUCAGUAUUUUCUGUGAUUGUAGCCUUUUUGGUCUGGGGUUUCCACUUUAAGCGUAUGAAAACUUCAUUGAACGAUUCUUGUCUAUUUGCAAAGCCUUGUUUUGAAUCUCUGAUGGUAGAGAAAGAUAAAACUAUUGGAAAGGAUUCUUUCUAUGACCCCAAAGCCUUCUUUGAUUGUAAAACCUCUCGUAUUGAAUUUGUCAUAGCAGAGAAGCAUAGCUCAGGGCUUUGUAAUAGGGAAGAGAUGCACAUGGAACGUUUUGGCUCUUUCGUGAGUUAUUCAUCUUUUCAUGCAGUGGAGAAGUCUCUCAAAGAUAAUAACGAAAGCCGAGCACCAACAAUUGAGUUGCUCGGGGAGUUUGUGUUUGUAAAGGUAAGCAGCAGCUCUCUGAGCGAGUAUUCUGUUUCCACGGAGAAGUCAAGGAGCAAAGUCCAUUCGGUUCCUCUACAACCCCAGCCGGCUUUCUCGGAGUUCCCUACGAUGGAUUCUCAUUCAUGUGCAAGAUAUACUUCUAGGAAGAUUGUGAAAGAAGAGAGGUAAAGCCAUUUAUAUUUCCUGUAAUUUGCUAUUUGUUGAAAGAAAGAUGAUGAUGGUUUGCAUACACAACAUGCCACAACGAAUAUAUCUAUACUAUAGAAUAAGUGGGGAUGGCUGUCAACAGUGAAUUGUCCUCCGUGAAUGAUUCCGUUUUUGUGUGUUUUGUCUUUUCUGUCCUACUGUUUUGGUGUUAUGUGUCCGUUUAAGUGAGGGCACUUUGGUCUUUGGGUGCAGCUGUGUAAGAGGGUGGGUAGCUUCAGUUCUUUUUUUUCUUUGCAUCUUCUCUCUCCGAAAGCAAACUGCUUUAUCUCUUCAUCUUCUCUCUUACUUGCGUGUUUUAUCUUCUCUGAGUGUCUCUUUAGGUUUGUUUUGUGCAGCAUUUUUUUUUCAUGCCAUUGGCUUGGAGAUUUUACAUGAGC